AUGUCAGAUCACGCGGUUGUGCCUCCUCCGAGGAUGAAUCAUAAUCCACUCCCGCCAGGCAUUCAACCAAUCACACCACGAGAAUAUCGUCCUCCAUUGUCGAUCAUCAAAUUUCUUGAGCUGUCGUUGGCGGUUGCUUGCACCACGCUGCAUUAUUACAGCUUCGAUGAUGGCGAUCUGGUGACGGGUUUUUUGGCCACCGGUACCUUUUGUGGGUUCAUAGUGAUAUUGAUCACAAUAAUGGCAGGCUACCUGAUGAAAGCCCAUCUACAUCGUCGGUUGAGCAUCUUCUACAGCUUGCUAGGAUGCGGUUGCUUCCUUACAUCUGGUGUGUUCAUCAUCGAAGCCUGGGAGCACGCUUUUCGCACACGAACGCGUGAUCUCGCCAUCACCAAGGGAUCGAUAUCGGUCAUCAACGGGGUGAUCUUCCUGAUGGAUACCAUCUUUACCUUUCGUGAGCGAAAGUGA